GCGAGAGAACGCGAUAAUCGCGUGUGCUGGAGCGAUCCCAGUCUCCGUCACUCCGUCAUUGUGCGUCCUGUGCGUGACAGUGUGUGCGUGCGCGCGUGUACGUGCAUCGUGUCUGCUCUCUGUGUCUCUCUCUCUCUCUCUCUCUUUCUCUCUCUGUGGUCUCACCACUUCCUCACCACUUCCUCGGCACCCUGGUGUCCUGGACACGCCGCGGCGCAAGGAAAGGCGACGUGGCGAAGUCGGCGGCGACUACGACGACGACGACGACGGGAAGGACGUCGACGACGGCCACGACGUCGCGACGGAGAUGCGCGAGUUCAAGGUAGUCGUCCUCGGUUCGGGCGGGGUGGGUAAGAGCGCGCUCACCGUGCAAUUUGUCUCGGGCUGCUUCAUGGAGAAGUAUGACCCCACCAUCGAGGACUUCUAUCGCAAGGAGAUCGAGGUGGACAACUCGCCGUGCGUGCUCGAGAUCCUCGACACCGCCGGCACCGAGCAGUUCGCCAGUAUGCGCGAUCUUUACAUCAAAAACGGCCAGGGCUUUGUCGUGGUGUACAGCCUGACGAACCACCAGACCUUCCAGGACAUCAAGGCGAUGAAGGAGCUCAUCACACGCGUCAAGGGCACCGAGCGGGUGCCGGUGCUACUGGUGGCGAACAAGCUCGACCUUGAGCACCAGCGCGAGGUCGAUACCGCCGAGGGCAACGCUCUCGCACAGCUGUGGGGCUGCCCGUUCGUCGAGGCCUCCGCCAAGAACCGCACCAACGUCAACGAGAUGUUCGCGGAGAUCGUGCGCGAGAUGAACUUCAGCCCCGAGAAGGAGAAGAAGACCUACUGCUGUUGCAGCGUCCUCUAAUACUUAAUCAAAAGUCUCGUCGGCCACGCGGAACGAACUAUGUAAUCACAUGGACCCGAAGAGGAGCCGCGCCAGGUGACGCAGGAGACGCACGCGCGCGCGUCUUGAGUGUGUGUGUGCGUGUGUGUGUGUGUGUGUCUCUGUGCGAGUGUAUGCGUGCGCGCGCGCGCGCGCGCGCGUGGAACGUGUACGUGUGCGACAGUCGUGCGAGGCGUGUGUUCUCCACGUCCAAGCUCGCCGAGGCUCUUCGGAUUCACCAUCGCGGCAGCCGCCUCUGGCGACCUUGACGCUCGCGCGCCGCGAUCCCGCCAAGGCUGACCCCCUCGCCGAGGCCUCUCCGAGGGGACGCGAGGACACGCGCGUGUCGGCGACGGGAACUCGUCUUCAGAGCCGACUCUUCUUUUUUUAUCGCUAGGAAGAUAUCACCGUCCGCGCGCGCGCGGCCGUUACACAUACACACACACACACACAGAUAUUUUAUUAUACGCGCGAAUAGUAUUAUGUAUGUAAUUAUUAUUGUAAUAUAUCACAUCGAUAAGCUUAAGGGAGCGCGGGCGAACGAAUGACAAACGAAAGCUGACUUUUUCUCCACGGCCGCGAAAAGGACCAAUGCUGCUGUCCUCUCUCUCUCUCUCUCUCUCUCUCUCUCUCUCUCUCUCUCUCUCUCUUUCUCCGUCCCUCUUGUGUGAGCGAGAGAGGGAGAAAGAACGAACGAAAGAAAGAAAGAGAGAACGGAAGGAAGGGUGUCGCCGCGACAACUGCGUGCAUGCGUGCGUGCGGCUGCUCGCGUUAGUCGUUAACGCGACUCGUCAACGGCGAGAAACCAAACCCGAAGCUCAUCGGCCGGCUUUCUGCUCAAUUUCCGAGACGAUCGUCGCGCGCAUACACACAUACACAAGCACAUACGUCCGUUCCGUUCGCAACUCGGCCCGAAGACACAAAAACUGAAGAAAAAAGCAGGAAAACGUGAAAAAAGAAAUGUGUGCUAUAUACAACCAGAAAUAUUUAGUUGUGGAUAACACAUCACCCUGGUUGGUGAGGUGAUGAUGUGUAUAGAUUUUUUCGUUUUGAAAAGGAUUCUAAAUUAUUGUACGUUAGUGCUAUAAGUUAGAGUGAGAGAAAGCAUACUUAUUUUCACUCUAACUUAUUGCACCAGUUCAAAGGUUUUUUUUGUAAACGACUAGAUUUAAUGUGUAUAGGUUUGUUCGUUUUAGGAGAAAUUCUGAAUUAGUGCACAUUAGUGCUAUAAGUUGGAGUGAGAGAAAAUAUACUUAUUUCACUCCAACUUGUUGCACCAGUUCAAAAGUUCUUUGGAAACGACCAAAUCUAAUGUACAUGUGUAUAGAUCUGUUCGUUUUUGGAGAAAUUCUGAACUAGUGCACGUUAGUGUGCAAUAAGUUGGAGUGAGAGAAAGUAUACUUGUUUCACCUCAGCUUGUUGCACCAUUUCAAAAGUUCUUCGAAAAUGAACAGACUUUAUUGUUAAUGUGACUGAAACCGUCACUUUGUCACACCAGCCACAUCCAUGUGAUUGCGCGUGAUCUGGUUGUGGCACUCAGAAAUGGGAUGACUCCAUUCUCCAUAGACUCUGCACCGAGAGAGAAGUACCUGAGCAUUUCUCUGUGAGACAAAAGUUUUCUUCUCAGAAGUGAACUUUGUACCCCACAAAUAAGUGUUCAAGUGUUUUCUUUCUCAAGGUGGAGCAACCAAGUGUCGUCACUGCCGCAACGCCAGCAAUUGCUCUGUGGUUGCAGUAGCCACGUAAUUAGUUGUUCCGCAUUUUACUGUUGAAUCUGCUUGGCACGACCAGAUCUACGUGCGGUCCAGCCAUACUGCUUUUUUUUUCCGUGAAGGCUUCGCCUCACGUGCUCAUCGUAUUUAUCACGGUCGGAACUUAAUUCGAUUGAUAGACCACUUUCGUGGAAUUGAUCGCUGGUUGCGCAAUCCUUGCGUUUUUCUCGAACGCUGCGGCCGAAGGAAUCGUAUGUAUGUGUGUGUGUGUAUAAGUGAGUGAGUAAGCGACUACACAACGGCGACGACAUUCGACUGUUAUCGAGCGUGCGGCGAUAAGGAUUCCGUCGCCGGUGAAUGAAUAAUUUUCACGGCGAGACCGGCUCACGAUGAUUCUCGUCGCGAUGAAUCCGCGCCUUCACGAAAAAGAUAGGCUUCCUUCUGGAGCUCGUCACGACGCGGCGCGUUGCGUGCUGUUGUGCAACAACGGCCCCGGCGUGCUCUUCUCCGCGAGCCGGUCUCGACCAGUGCAAUGAUUCAGUUGUGUUAGAGGAUGAGGGAGAGAGCGAAACGAUACAGUCCUAAGCUUAAAGCUUGAUCUACAGUGUGUUCUUUGCUUUCUGUCUCUCUCUCUUUUUAUCCCUUUCUGUGACUCAGAAGUCUUAAGUCUUAAACCAGAGAAAGACAGAGAAUAAGAAAGAACAGAAAGCAAAGAACAUAUUGUAUAUUGAGCUUAAGCGUUGGAGGCUGCAAUAAGUGCGAGAAAGUUAGAGAGAGAAAGAAAGAGAGAGAGAGGCAGAAAGCAAGCGAGAAGGAGAAAGAGUCGUAUAAAUGUUUUAUACGCGCGAUGUUGUUUAGUGGCACGCACUGGCGAAUAUAUAAAUAAAUAUAUAUAUAUAUAUAUAUAUAUAUAUAUAUAUUAUAUACAUACAAGGUUGUACAGUUCUAACACGCUCGAGAUAUUUUACGGAUUGCGCGAGGCGACGACGCUCCACGCGCGGGGGUGUCCAGAAGACACACGAGUCGGGAGGCAGGAAGGUGGAGGGGAGGAAACGUAAUAUGAAGUUUUAUACGUUGCGUAGCAAUCUCGACGGAUGAUAAUGAUAAUGACGAUAUUCCGAGGGACGGAGAUAACCCGAGAUAUAGAGAAGCUGUUGUGAAGAUUUUUUCUUGUGUGAUUCCGUUUGUGUGUAGCGAAGCACUACUAAUGUAAUAACUUUUACUUUAAAAACCUUUUCCGUUUAGCUUGCGAGCCGACGCAGCACGACCGCCGCUUUUUUUUGCCGAACGAGCGCGUCGGAGACGAGCGAAAACGACGUCUCGUCGCGGGUUAUUUUGCACAAACCGGAGAGAGACACGACGCUGUGGGUACUGAGAGAGCGAGCACGACAGAGAGAGAGAGAGAGGGGAAAGAAACGCGUUUCGUAAGAACAACAACAAUGCAGUAUCGCAUAAUGUCAAUCUAAGCGUAAUUUGUAAGCUUUGUACGAUGAAGUUUGUAUUAUAUACACACACGUACACAUACACAUAGACCAAGACUGCACAAUUGCUAUGGGAUUGACUUGGUAACUUCUAAUGAGUGAUCUUACACACCAAUGAAAGAGAGAUAGAAUGCGAAUGAGAGAGAGAGAGAGAGAGA